GAUGGAGAGAAGGAGGCCCUGGAAGAGGCACCUCCAGAGGAGGAGGAGGAGGAAGGUGUGGAAGCUCCUACCUGGGUGGGAACCUUCGACACCAAUGCCAUGGCGUCCAUGAUGCAGGACCAGAACAUGCAGUCACUCUUGGCGCAGCUGGUCCAAGCCAUGCCGGGGCCGGGCAUCAAAGUCCACCCUGACGAUCCUUUCCUGGAUCCCUCGUUUAUUGGGCAGAUGUUUCACGCGCAGACCAUUGACUCAAUGGUCAAGCUGCAAGAUGCAGUUGAAAAGCUGUCGAUGACCGAUGGGGCGAAAGCGAGCGCUCCAAACGCUAGAGGGAAGAAGGGACAAGACAUCAAGGAUGAUGGUCCGGCGUAUGAUUCGCCAGCCGCUCUCAGCGGUUUGCACUAUCGAAGUCCGGCGCACAACUUCAAAGAGUGCUUCAACAUGUUCAUUGCUGCGGAACAAGAAAGCCCAGAGAUCAGAUACAAGGGACAGCUGCAGGCGAUGCGAAACAUGGGCUUCACAGACCAGGAAGCGUGCAUCCAGGCCCUGCACAACUGCGAUGGCAACAUGAACAAGGCUGUGGAGCUCCUCAUGGAGAAGGCCGACCGCUAG